CUUGUACCAUGUGACCUCUGUGAUCAUUCACAGAUUUCACAUGUAGUAAGCAAUGAUGUCAGAAGUGACAUCUUGCUUACUACUCUGCUUGUGAUUACUGAUUGGCCAAUCAGUGAUCGCAUGAUCAGGACCUCACACAGAGCUCCCGUCCGACGAUCGGUGGGCACCGGAUCGGAGCGCGCACAAGCAGGGGGCGGGGAGGCCGUUUAUAAACUGCCACCCGACCCUGCACUGCCACCAUCCAGGCGUUUAUAUACAACGGCCGGUCGGGAAGUGGUGGAUGUCAGUCUGGAG